GCACAUAGCCACAUGGGGAAAUCUUGUUAUGGAGUAAAAGGGAUUCAGCCAUUGUUUGUAUUCAAAGAAGGAAGCCUACCUAUGCAUCUGAUGCUUUGUAUGGUUUAUGGAGGCUCUUCGAGGCCUUAUCGAGGUCGAUUCAACACUACUAUAUACCAAGUAUGGAUGUUAUUAUCAAACCCAUUCAGCAUAUCAUGGUUAACAAUAUCAUCAAGGCUCUUCAUUUAUAUUAGAGUUACAAUUGUAUGCAUCAACAUAUAUUAACCCAGAAUAGGGCCAUGUUAGAAAUAUUACGGACUACCUAUCAUUCACUUAGAGCAAAUACAACCGGAAUCUGUUUUGUACUCAAUGCCAACACUCAAUGGGAAAUUCUUUGAUUUUGAAUGACAAAGAAUCCUUCCAUUCUUUCAUUCUUCCAUUGGUACAUUUUCAUGAGCGAAGACACCUUGUAGGAUUUCUCGGGAUUAGUUCCCAGUAUCCCACUGUUUUGCUACCGCAAAAGGAGGACAAAAUAUUACACAUCAUGUGUUUAAGUGCCUAGGUAUGUAUCAAGUUAGCUAUAAGUAUGAAUGAGGUUA